GCGGCAAGCCUGAAAUCAGUGUUGAAAAGGGUCGCAAGAUUUGCCUCAAUGUCUCACCUUUAGGCGGGAGCGUGGGUACAUUCUCAUACCGGUCUUAAAUUGCAAAAUUUGACGGUUUCUCGCCUGUUUACAAUAUUUAUUUACUGUCGUGCUUCGCCCGCUCCGCCCACAUUAAGUCUUCAGAACGCCCCACCACAAAAACAAUAGCACAAUGACCGCAACGCAGCCUCAGCCCGACUUUCUGACGACGGCGGGAAAUAUGCUGGAAUUCCACGACAAUGUCGACAGGAACAAGCCGGGGCUCCUUGAACUGACAGGUGUCAGUCAACACGGCAGAGCGACAACCAGCGGGCUUAAUGAUUACGACUACCAAAGCCUUACAUUCCUGAAGUCGGACGAAACACAUAACCUACAACAACUGCGAACGAUAAGCAAGUCCAGUAUUCCUAACGAGAUCCUGGAGCACUUCAAACACAUAAAGUGCCAUUGUACGAUGGGACUCUUUCCGGAGAUCGGUCGCGCCUGGCUAACCAUCGACUCGGAGAUAUACAUCUGGACCUUCAAUCAAGCCCGGGAUGUUGCCUACUACGAUGGCCUGAGCCAUCUAAUCGUUAGUGUGGGGCUGGUCAAGCCAAGAGCCGGCGUUUUUGUGGACGAUGUGAAGUACCUCUUGUUGCUAACUACACCCAUUGAGGUAAUAGUCCUAGGCGUCACCUUUGCGGAGAACGCUUAUCAAGAAAUGCAACUGAUGAACAGGCCCAUAUUCGUCAUUGGAACGGACAACGUUUCCAUCAGCGUAAUCAAGGGGUCCGAGGACGGACGAAUUUUCAUGGGCGGUCGCGAUGGCUGUCUAUAUGAGGUGUUCUACCAAGCAGAGUCCACUUGGUUCGGCAAGCGGUGUAAAAAGGUUAAUCUCUCUCAGGGCCUUGUGUCCUACAUGGUCCCCAACUUCCUCAAAGUUUUUUCGGAAACGGAUCCCAUCGAACGCAUUGAGAUUGAUAAUAGCAGGAAACUGCUUUACUUCCUCACGGAAAAAGGAUCAAUCGAAGCCUGGGAUAUCGGGACGGAUUACACGCACGCCCGAAGGCUGGGAAGGAUGACGCAAAACGAUAUGACCAACCAAGCACUUGGCCUUAUAACGACCUUGGAUCCAUCCAUAUUCAAGAGUGUCAAAGCAAUUUGCCCUCUGAGCGCCGAUGACUCAGACAAGCUGCACCUCAUGGCAGUCACACAGUGCGGUGUGAGGCUCUACUUCUCCACAAAGUCGCUAAAUGCACAAAAUGGCACUGCCGCCUGCCCGCCCUCAGAUAAUUCUCUAUUUGGCCAGCCCAACCAACAAUCCAUAUUGGCAGAAACUGAACCUCCAAAAGGACUUUAUUUGUACCAUGUACGCCUGCCGCCCGGCCACACGCCCAACGCCACCACCAACAAACCAAAGCAAGUGCAUGCCGCAUUCUACACGGAGGGAACGAUGCUAAUGAUCACCACGCAACAGCAAGAGCAGGACCUGCUGUGGUCAGUUAGCUCGGCACCGUCAGUGAAUUUCCCCUACCUGGUUGAAUCCACGGCGCUGGAGAUCCUAGACGGAGUUGUUUGGGGUCUGGCUGAAGUCAAGGAGCCCUCGGCGCCAAAGCUAAAGUCACCUUUGAACAGUGCCAGAACCUCGAGGAAAGUGGCGUUGUUGACUAAUCAGGGCACCCAUAUCAUAGAGCUGCUAAAAAUGGCCGACAUCCUGAUGCAGAUUCUCCUGGCGUGCAACGGCCCUCAUCACGAGGAGGUGAAAAUGUUCUUUCACUCGAAGAACCAGCGCGAGGCGUGUGUUACCGCUCUUCUCCUGGCCACAUCUGAGCGGUAUCGCGGCGGAGAAAUCAACCUGUGGGCCACCCAAGCGUUCAUGCUGUACGGCGGGGAGCCGUGCUUCCAGCACCAAAAGGCGUUCCAAAACGCCAAUAACCGCAAUGUGGCCAACCAAUCCUUAGGCCCAAGUCCCAACGUUACGGCUGCAAGGGACCGUUUACCCAUGUAUAUGUCCACGCCAAUGCCGAAUGCCGGUGCGGGUGGCAAUUCUUUUCCUGCUUCGCAGUACAAUGUGCCACUCAGUCCUAUUGGAAUCAACCAGCAAACGCAACAAUCAUCCGUUAAUAACGAAAACUCGGCGAUUAUCUUCUCUGCCAAACACGACGGAUUGUACUUGUAUGUGGCCCGGAUGUUGCGUCCUAUUUGGCAAAUGCGUUGCGUGGACGAUAACUUCUGCUCCAAACUUAAUGUACAGGAUUGUGAUUCUCUGCUUUGUGAUCUUCUAUCCUUGCGGAGUUUCUUGGAAGUUCAUUCGGUUCAUGAUAUCUCCACUUCGAACCGUGCUCCCUUCGAUAGCCACUUGGAUCGGACCAGUGGCUACAGUAACAUCUUAAUAAACAACAGUCACAUGCCACUCACCGAACAAAGGAAUUUAAGUGAGCAGGCUCAGGUUGAAGAGAAGCGAUCCCUCUCAUCCCUUAACCUCUUCAUAAAACACGCUUGCGAGGUUGUAUCACUUUGGAGCACUUUGAGCCACCACCCGUUCCAGCAGAUAUGCCUGCAGCUUAGCCCUGAACAGAAAAAGCUGUUGAAGUGCUGCACGUUCCGGGACCUCUUUCUCACCCGGUCGGAGGUCUGCGCAUUUUUGAUAAUUUCGUUAAUAAAUCUUUACCUAAAGGACAAAGCGGGCGUGGGCGAUAUUUCGAACAAAUUGCGCGACAAAUGCCCCAAUCUCUACCGACAUGAGGACGCUGUGACGUCCAAGGCCACCGAACUGCUGAUGACCGCUAAGAACUCCACGUCCCGUUCCGAAAAGGAACAGUGUUUGCGCACCACUCUGCACUUGUGCAAGGAAGCGGCUCCAACUCUCCCGCUGCACAGUAUUUGCCAGCAGUUUAUUUCGACGGACUUCUAUGAAGGGGUGGUCGAACUUACAGCCGUAUGUGCGGCCAAGAGCGAUCCCGAAGAAGUCGGUAUCCACUUCUACAACAACGGGGAGCCCACAGAGGAUCGCGAGGGCUACACAUGCUACGCCACAAGAAUGAAUUACUACAAGGAAGUGCAAUUGAUGCUGGACCAUGUGUACCAAACAUCCUGCAACAAAAAAACUGUACAGGACGAAACGCAAUCUCAAGUUCAACCCAAAAGUGCUCCUUCUGCAAAGAGCUCAACCAAGCAAACGAUCCAGAAAAUUGUAACACAAACUCUACAGAUCAAAGACCCUUUAAUACACGUCACCCUCUACGAAUGGCUGCUGGCCCAUGAAAUGUUAAGUGAAUUAUUGGACGUUGUGGAGCCAUCGCUGGGCGAGUUUUUGCGACGAAGCGUAUCGCGGAACGGCGAGAAUGUCAUUCUCAUUGAUUUACUGUGGAAAUAUUACGAAAAGAACGGACAUCAUGCCCAGGCAGCCCAGAUUUUGGAUAACUUGGCGAUGACGAGAAGCGAAAAUAUAACACUGGAGCAGCGCAUCGAGUAUCUGGUGCGGGCUGUUAUGUGCAUGCGAAAUGGAAACGUUGGUUCUUCUAUAUCUAAUGGCAUCUUUCUGAAGGAACUGGAAGAUAAACUGGACAUUGCGCGCGUCCAAAAGAGUGUGCUGGCGGAUAUGAGAGCACUGGCCAGUAAGAAUAUCGAAGCCGCAUCGGCCGUUAAGGAAUUAAAUUUUGCUCUGUACGAUAUCACACAAUUAUAUCAGCAUUUUGCGGAACCCUUCAACCUAUGGGAGUGCCAAUUAUCUAUAUUAAACUGCUCCCAUCAUAAUGAUCCCCUGCUGAUUGAGUCAGUGUGGGGUAAUAUAAUAAACAGCAUUGUGGAAGAGCCGGGCACAACACAUGAACGGAGUGUCAGACUUUUUACAAAGAUGGAGCUGUUAGUCCGUGAAUAUGGAGAAUCGGGAGCUUGUUUCCCGUUUGCCUUCCUCAUCAGGGAACUAGAAAUUAAGGCCUGCCAACUGAAAUUGCCCGAGGGAAUAGUGCCAGAGAAACUGGUGACAAUGAAUCUAGAUGUUGAGCUUCUUUUAGAAUACUAUUCCAGAAUGAUUUCCAUGAAUGAGCGAGUGUGGGCCAACGAAGGCAAUGAAUGGCAUUUGAUUCAAUCCGCCAUUCGGGUAGUUUCCCUUCUUGCAGACAACGCACAAGCUAUUUGGUACCGUUCAAAACGAAGGAUUAUUGGCAAGGCCCAGGAUAUUGUGGCGGGCUGUUUAAAUAUUUGUUACCAAAAGCCCGACACCAAUCGUCUGCAGCACUCGCUCAAGGAACUUCAGAGUCGGCUGCAGCGGCUAUUGGUUUAAAAAGACUCUCAUUGUCUUAAAGUGCAUAUUAUGAUUGAAUUGAAAAAAAACUUGGAUUAGAUGUUAAGUUUGACUGAGAUAUAUGUGUUUGUAUUAAAGGUGUUAAAAUAAAAUGAUUUCCUAUAUAAACUUGAA